GCUCGGAUGCAUCCGAAUUAGACACGGGCGGUGCUAAUACGUUCGACCACCGGAGGAUGGUGUCGACACGUGUCGAUUGGCUGACGGGUGGUUUCAUAGGGUUUAAUGUAACAGGUGUCAUAUUACAGAACGGACCUAUGAUGGACAUGCACGUGUCAGCGACACAGGCGAACGAGAAGCAGACGCUGCGGGAUGGCAACGUCGUCGUCGACUUGGGAGAUGGCCACGAGGUAGAUGGCGACACGAGGGAGAUGGCCACGAGGGAGAUGCCAACUUCGGAGAUGGCCGCGCGGAAGAUGGCAACGCCUGAGAUGGCCGCGCGGGCCAUGGCAAUGCGUGAGAAGGCGAGGCGAGAUAUUUUGACGUGCCGACGGGGUCACGUGGGAUAUAGCCGCGCGAGAGAUGUCGACGCUGGAAAUGGCGACACGGGAGAUGGCGAUGCCGGAGAUGGUGACGCGGGAGAUGGGAACGGGGGAGAUGGCGACGCGAUGCCAAUGCCGGCGGCUAGAGCGGACGGUGAAGGCGCGAUGCUUGCGACAACAGACUUGUGGCGCAAAUUCGCGGAAUGUUAUCGUCGUCGUUCAAAUGGCGGAUGCAUCCGUGCGGGCCCUGAAAGGACAGGUGGGCGGGAAACUUUCCGCGAACGGGUGCAUGGGAAUCGUGGAUAGGUUGCGAUCGGGCGGGUGCAAUACGCGCGGAGGGGGGACAUUUCAAGAUGGGCCCUGUGAAAUUGUCAUUUGCCGGGAAAUUUUCGUUCGGAGGCCGCGAACACAUUUGCGGCCUCCGAUAAACAUACGUGGGCGGGAAUGUUCUCGGUAGCUGCUCCAUACCGGCGGUCGAUUGACCCCGAUCGAGCGGUUGGAACAGGGCAGCCGUCCCUCAACGGUCACGGACAGGGCGAUUUCCAGACGGGACGGUCCGAAAAAAAUGGGAGGGCCCACCCUAUGACACAGCUCCCAACGCGACCCCCGGUCAGCAACGCACGUGCCAUUUCGCAGCACGAAUCGG